CGUGGCUCGGCUCAUAUGUUCGGUGUUGUUCCUGGCGUUUCUGUUUUGAAACUUCCAACAUCGGAAAUAAUUUGAUUUUGUUCACAUAAGUUGCUCCAGACGAGACAUUUUUGUGUUGAAAUCGCGACCAUUUUUCGUCAUGAAUUCGCUCGGCGCACCCGGUGUUUUGCUUGGAAUUGCGAUUUUCCUGCAUGCUUCUUACUUGGGACACUCGUAUUUGCAAAGUGAAGUCGACUACGACGGUCAGCUUAGCAUAGACUUGCAGCAUGCGUUGGACGACACUCCUGAGUCCGCUUUCAAGAGCAGAGGGAGUAUCGAUAUCAGAAGCAUCCGGUCUGGCUUUGUAGACAUCGACCAGGAUGUGAUUGCCCCUGAAGAUGCCGCCAAAAUAUCGGCCCUGAGAAAUGGAGUCUACCGGCUCAGGGCAAAAGUUACGACUGGCAGUGGGAAAAAGUCCUCCUUCCUCACAUUCGUGGAUGGCUGCUCGCUUUACGAAUCGGGCCUCUCGGACAUCCUCACUGUCAGCUUGGACCAUUCUGGACACCCGAUGGCCGUCAGCCUAAGCACCACCAAGGGUGUCUGCGACGGAUCGACUGUUGACGCAAAAACCCUGCGGAUGUUCAACACGACGGUGCUCAUUUCCCACAUGGAACAAGCUCCGAUUCCAGACACAAGUGCCUACAUCCAGAAGCUGGAGAGGGAAAAAGAGGCGAGGGAUAGAGGAGAGACCAAGGACAACAGAAGUUUCUUCGCUAAAUAUUGGAUGUACAUUGUGCCAGUUGUGAUAUUUGUUCUCAUCUCGUCGGCCGCGAAUCCGGAAGGAGCUGCUGGAAAUGCAGGCGGUGGUCGCUGAUUUCUCUCAUUCCCUGACAGUAAGUUAUUCUCAAACGAAAGGCCCGAAACCCAAAUGAAGAAGCAAGCUAGUCAAUUGCAGUGCUUGAAAUUGUAUUCGCUCGUGGUAAGAAUCAAUACAACGUCAUUCUGUUUGUUA